CCGAUGCUUCCAAGACCGGCGACUCCACCGCCACUGGCACCGACGCUUCUAAGACUGGUGACUCGACUGCCACCGGCACUGAUGCUUCCAAGACCGGUGACUCGACUGCCACUGGCACCGACGCCUCUAAGACUGGCGAGUCUACUGUGACCGGCUCUACUACCCUCAGCACUGCUGCCAGCACCUCCAGCGAUGGCUCCGGCUCCUCUGAGACCGGCUCCAACGGCAGCAGCACCACUGGCUCCAACGGCGGUUCCAACGGUGGCAGCGCAACUGAGACUGCUCCCUCCAGCACCUCGACCAACUCUGCCGCUUCCAAGACUGUCAUGGGCAGCGGUGCCCUGGGUGCUCUCGCCCUUGCCGCUUUCUUCGUUCUCUAA